UUGAUUUCCUUUCUAGGCUGGUCCACAGUGUUUGGUAACCGUUCCUGUUACUAUAACUCGUACACUUCUUCCUACUACUGUUACUACUACUACUACUACGAUUACCACUACACUUACGAGUACAAUUACAGCUACCCAUCGGUGGAGUCCAGAGUAAUGCGGAUCUCACGUAGAGUGAGACUUGUGAAUGUAGAAAUCCUUGGGGUCAUAUAUGGCUCCCUAGCUGGAUUUGCCACGUUGGUUGGACUUACCGUCUGUCUGUGUAUGAAAUGCAGAAAAACAACAUCCAAUCAGGGUGCAGUUCUCUAUGAAACCGUUGCAAAUGUUGGAACAGGUGUUCAAAGACCGAUACAAUCUUACAAUCAGGAAGGAGUGUACACACCUCUUCCUGUUCAGCAGCAGACACCUGGUGAAUUCGAAAUGGUUUCUAUUGCUCUGCCUCCCCAACACAGUGCGCCACCUACCGUAAAUCAAGAUCCGCAACGGAACUAGCAUUUUCCUUAUAGUGCUGCUGCAUCACCAUUCAGCUAAAACAGCCUUCACUCAUUUUUAUGUCCCUGUAAUCGAAGAUUCGGGGCUAUAUAGUUUUUGUCGUUUCCGUCCGUCUCUCUGUCUCUCUGUCUGUCUGUCUGUUUGUUUUGUCCGCAGACAAACAUUGUAGCAUUUUCCCAUUACUUUUGACUUAGUGGAGCUAUGGCUUUCAUAUUUCACAUGCGUAUUCCUUGUUGCAAGACCAUUCUUUACCACCAGAUUUGACCUUUUGACCAUGACCUUGUAGUUUGAACUACUUUUUAAAUCUUUAACCUUGGCCAUAAUAUUUUUUGAACGGUUAGAGCUAAGGCUUCCAUACUUCACAUAUGUAAACCUUGUAACAUUAGAUCUUCCUUAAGAAAUCAACAACUUUGAACCUUAGAUCUUGGAGUUUAACUUAUUUUUCAAAAAAUUAUCCUUGGGCAUAACUUUUGAAAAGGUGGUGCUAGGGCUUUCAUACAUCACAACUGUAUUUCUUAUGAAUAAACCCUACUUUGGGUAACAAAAUAUUUAAUUUGUAUUUAAGAAAAGUUUAAUCUUUGCUAUGUUGCCAUACGGGGACAUAAUUGUUUCACAAACACAUCUUGUUAUUCUCCUGAUUACAUAUAUCUCCGUUCUUUGUAUCUUGUCAUUUAUCAUGUUUAUGUUAUCAAUUUUUCAUUAAUUUUUAAACACAUUUUUUGUACAAACCGUUAUAAACCAUUUAUGUACAUUCUUUUUACCAAUACUUUUAUUAUUUAUGUGGAAUUAAUAUUUUGUAAUUUCUAAUUAAUAGUAUGUUUUUGUUUUGAGUUGCGGUGGAACAUUGAUCAUACAUGUAAAUAAAUUCAAAUUGAAAAACAAGCAAAACUAACAUGAAUGGUUCCUUAACAUUGUUUUUUAAAAACUCCUUUUUGUCUUUUCAAAGGUAAUUUAAUUUUUUUUUCAGAUAGACUGGGACACAAGUAGAUAAUCUACUAAGUACAAGUAAACAAGUAAUUAGUGAUGCUCUUCACAUGCUUCAACACAAUUGAAAAAGAAUUAAUACACAUCAACUGAUAAAUACAUGUAUAACAACAAUACAUGUAGCAACAACAAUACAUGUAGCAACAACAACAAUACAUGUAGCAACAACAAUACAUGUAGCAUACAACAAUACAUGUAGCAACAACAACAAUACAUGUAGCAACAACAACAAUACAUGUAGCAACAAAAAAUCCAAUAUAAUUUACCUAGAAGCAUGUCAAGAUGCGUAGAAUUCAAACAUUCUUCAAUUUCAGACAAGAUGAAUUAUUAUCAAUUAAAUGAAUAAUUUUAGAGUUAUUGUAUAUUUAAAGAGUUUAUUUAUUUUUUCCUUUCUAUUGCUACGAUGUAUACAAUGUAUGUAGUAGACCACAUGUACAUAUGUUUUUUUUAAUUUUGGCAAUUUUA